CACGUUUUUGCCGAUACCCUGAGAAGCAUUGCUGUGUUGGUCGCAUCGUCGAUUUCCGAACUGGUCGAGUGGGUGACGCCCGAAGAAGCCGAUGCCGCAGCGGCUGUGGUCGUCUCGGCGUUGAUCAUACUCAGUCUCAUUCCACUACUCAAUGGGUUGGUGCAAUCGUCCAGGGAAUUACAAUUGAUACGGGCUGAAGAAAAACAAGACGAACUCCUCUUCUCAUCGUCGUCAUCUACUACUAAUAGACAAUAA